CAGCAGUAAAGUUUGUCUGCAAGUCUGCUCCCUGUGUAUCAAUUCCAAUCCAGCUACCCCAUAAACAUAAUUUCUAACACUUGCUUGACAGCCUGGUUUGCUCCAACUAUGAUGUAAAUGCUGAAGUUAUCAAUCAAGCAGACAGGGUUUUCGUUGGUGUGGCUUGGAUCUGCUUUAUCUUAGUGAACUUGUUUCAUCUACCGGCUCUGGAAUUACCCCCACAUUAUGUCAAAGCCACCAGAUCGAUCUGCCAAAGGUGUAAACAAUUCUAGUUCUGCCUCCCAUAUCCAGAACAUGUGUUCGAGAUCGUUUGCGACACCUUGGACGCCGUACAACUAUUGGGAUAACAGAUCAUUUGCCUACAUCGUUGACCGCCAGUUGCCAGGCUCGAAUUGCUCCUCAUCCCGUUCUGACGUUUGCGUUGCACCAACCUGUCAACUUGCGAUAUCUCACCUAUUUGUUCAGAUAUUGAUAUGACAACAUGACAGAUCGAUCAUCUUCGCGACACAUACAGGUUCAGGAGCCCGAGAGGCGCCCUCUACUUGAACGUGCACGAUUUCCUCAUUCCUUUGAUGCAGGAGACUUCUUCAGCUGCAACCCAAAUGCCCAUGCUCACUUGCCAGUUUACACCAACAUACACAGGAUACGGAGAGACGUUAUAUCCAUCGUGGAGGAUUAUCUCACAUUCGAACAAUUGAGGGAUCUGCGAUUGAACAUUUCAGUCGUCCGUCCUUUGGUUGAUAAGCUUUAUGAGCUAGAUGACAUAUCAAUUGUAUACUGCCUGCUCGUAAAUCGUGUCCAGUUUCUUCACGAGCAAUCGCAUUUGAGCAACAGGCAGAAUGUCAACUUUACCAGAGCGACGCUAUGUGAAGUCGUAGCCACUCGCAUCCUGAGGCGUUUUGGCGAAGACAACGACGGCAAUCCCGGGCUUCUGGUGCUGGCACAUAUCCUGGUUGCUGGAUUUACGCCCUUCCAGAAUGCUCCCGAGGACAUACGACGCGAAGGGUCCUUGGCUUCAACAUGGGACUUACACAGAACCCUACCGGCCCUUGAGGUAGCCAUCUUAAGUGAGGCCAAAUUUUUUCUGAGCUCAACGCACUGCCAGAAGGUAAUCGACGCCAUUUACACAGGACAUAUUGUCUAUACACCUUCAACCUUUCUGGACCUCAUACCGGACCGUUACAAGCAAAAACCGAUUUCGUUAUAUGACCCACGAGAGGCACCCCUUCUAAACCAGUAUCGGCUCAUCGUGCCACGUACGAGGAACUACCUUGAAGUUUUCCAGUUCCUGAUUCUUAUUGGCCUAUAUCUUCUCUUCAUGGCCGAACGAAAUCCUGAUCAGUUCAGCCCCCUGGAAAUGGCUUUCUCUGUUUACGCCUUUGGAUGGGUUCUAGACCAGUUCGCCACCAUUCUUGAGCAUGGAUGGAAUGUAUACACGCAAAACUUGUGGUCAUUUUUGGAUGUGAUGUUCGCCAUGGUAUACUGGGCAUAUUUGAUUCUCAGGAUACACGGUUGGAGAAUUGAUGACCCCGUCCCAGGGCAACAGGCACUAGAUGUGCUCGCUAUUGGGGCACCCGUACUCAUACCAAGACUGGCAUUUGUCUUACUAUCUGACAACCUCGUAUUCUUGUCGUUGAGAUCAAUGAUGGCCGACUUCACGUUGCUCACAUUUCUGGCUGCAUGGUGCUUCGGCGGCUUCCUACUGUCCAUGGUAUGGCUUGCCGAAGGUCGCCACGACUUCAUCAAGUGGAUGUUGUGGAUAUGGUUCGGGCUCGACGGCACGGGUGUAUCACAAUCGAACGAUUUUCAUUGGCUUCUUGGGCCGAUACUUAUGAUCACCUUUGCUUUCCUAGGCAACACGCUUUUCCUAACUAUUCUUGUGUCCAUGCUGUCAAACACCUUCAGCACGAUUGUGUCUAAUGCGACUGCGGAAAUCCAAUUUCGCAAAGCAGUUCAGACGCUUGAAGGCGUGAAAGCUGAUGCUAUCUUCGCCUACCAACCGCCAUUCAACAUCCUUGCAGUGUUCGUGCUGCUACCAUUGAAGUUCGUGGUUAAUCCACGAUGGUUUCACAAAAUCCACGUAGCAUCUGUGCGAUUCAUCAACCUGCCUGUCCUGCUCUUCAUUGCAGUCGCGGAGCGACGCAUUCUACAACCCACUUCCAAGCAACGACCAACAACACGAAAGAGGACAUGGUUCUGGGAGAAAUGGAAGAUAACGACACACGGCGAUCUCCAGACAGUUUUCGAGAUAAUGCCCCCCGACGAAUUGACUGAGGAUAUUGCUGUGGAUGAUGAGCUUACCCAUCAUAUGAUCCGACGCCAAUUUGUCAGACAGCAAAGUGCACCGUCACAGGAGCUCCUGAAGAGAGGUCGGCUGAACAACGACGGUGCAGACGAUGACGAUAAGGACAAGCGUACUAACAAACCACCAGCCAGACGGGAUUCAAUCGCACCAUACGGCCCAGAUUUGACUGAACAGGUGCGCCAUAUUCUCUCGGAUAUUGACACAGGGAAAGGUAUCAAUGUCACGGAUCGGCUUGACUCCCUAGAAGAGUCAAUGAGCAGGAUAGAGAUAAUGCUGAGUAAGUUAUGCAACAGCGAGAUCGGCGACGAUAGAUCAUUGGACGAAGAAGAAGCCAGAGCUGGUGAAGCGAAUGGCCCAUUACAACAUUUGGAUGAUACGGAUGUGUUUGCGGAUUAG